AUGGGUGGCUAUCUGGGCCAUACCAGUCCUUACACCAAGUGGCCAGAAGUCUGCGCCAAUGCCACCAUCUCCUGCCAUGGCAACGUCCCCGAUGAGGUCUUUCGUCAAGUCAUUGGCCUCUCCUCCAUCUUCAGCGGCGCCGCCUUUGUUGCUCCCAUCUUCGCACUCGUCUUCUGGAAACUUUUUGCCAAGUGGCUAUGGCGAUCACGAUGGAACAGGGAAGAAAAGGCGAGCAAUACAAGACGCAUGAGGUGGAAUAUGGAGGAAAAGAGGAGGACCUUGGCCAUGGGCAAAAGAAUGCCUUGGUCAGCCCUCAACAGUCCUGCUACACCAAGACAACAGGGCAACGAUCGUUCCCCCGAGCGCGGAAGAGCGGGACCGAGCUCUACAGAUGGUAACAGGACACAAUACCCGCCUGCUCCUCCUGCUCGACGUGUCUCUCGAUACGAUUAUCUGGGCUCCCACACCAGGAGUCGCUCUGGCUACGGUGUCCGGCAAUCAGUCUACGCUCUGGCAGGUGGUAUAACACCCUCGGCCUCUACACUCUCUCUGCUCGGCCCUGCUCCUCGCCCUCAUCAGAACAGUGGACUUAUCAUGCACAGCCCUUUCCAAAACCCCCACUCUCCAGGUGCAGGGAAUGAGACACAGCAACACCCUCUCCUGCCACAACCUCAGUACGGACGACCUGCUCACGUCAAUUCACCCCUGGCGUCCAGCGGCAACUACCAAAUGCCACGCGAAGACGGCUUCUAUGAUCCUGCUACGGAGAUCAACCCCUCGAUUGUAGCUCGCCAGAGACAGGGGUACAUCGAUAGGGAGAUUCCGAAUCCCUCGGCGCCCGUCAAUAGAAGACGCUCUGGCAUCAGGGGCCUCUACCGGAACAGCACCCAGAUCAAUGCGGCUCCUCAGACGGGCGAUAACAACGAGCCUGGGCGAGCAGAGGGAGACUUCAACCCACCACUGCCCCUCAAGCGCGGUUCACCACCUGGCCAGGGACACGGCCGCCCAGACUACGAACGCACCUUCUCGGACGACUCUACCCACUCGCUGUCCCUCUCACACUCGCAGAGCCAUCCACUUCGAUCAGAAAACAGCUUCUACUCCCGUGACUCGGUACAGAGCCGUGUCAGUGUUCGCUCUACACGCCAUCUCCUCGCUGAUCCACCCCGCAGGCAGGGAACAGGUGGGUUGACACUGGAUGAUGUAGUUCGAGAAAGCGCGCAAGCGCCUGGCGGUCCAGGCUCAAAUGUGCAAGGCUCAGGUCCGGGAGCAGUACAGCCCUACACGGACUCUGCCACGCCCACUGGCACCGGUAGUAGUCCUCUGCGUCACUCCGUGCACGGUAUGGGCCUCACGCUCGCUCCAUCUCCCCUCACGACACAAGCCAAGCAGCAAGAGCGAGGGGAAGAGGAACGUCGCUUAGCCAAGGAGCUGGCACAUACUUUGCGCUACGUGAACCAUUCGCCCUUUGCGGCCGAUUGGGGAUGGCAGUGGCGUGCUUCAAGUCGCAGCUCUGGGGCAAAGAAGAGGAAGAGCUUCUUGGGCCGCAAGACUCGAACUCAGCUUAACGAUCGUUUUGGAGAAGGAGGCACGCCACUAGCAGGUCAAGGUGGAGCAUGCAAGCGCAUCGAGGCAUCCCAAGGUCACUGGUCCUUCGACGAUCGUGCCAUCGGAGCCGAUCUGCCUCUCUCCGUCUCCCAUCCCGGCGAGCCUUACAGUGCGAGUCCUCCAAGUCCAUAUCCUGGCGACAGCAACAGUUCGAAUGGACACUACUCGCGUGUGGGAGAUGCAAGCGAAGCAGGUGCUCGGCUGAGGAGAGCGGUUGCUGAAUUCCAUGGAGUGGGUGAGUCGGGACCAUUCUAUCGCUAG